AGUUGCCGGCUCGGUGUCAGUGGGGUCGCACCUCGCGCACCCCACUGACCGCCGAGGGGAGCUUUUUUUAGCAGCUGGGAACUCAGGCCGUGACAGCAGAAGACCGUACAACUGUCGAUCUCCCCAAUAUUGAGAGUCAGAGCAAGCCCAGUCAGGAUCCAACGCAAACGGAAGAAGAUGGGACCGGUGAGGGUCACGGCCCGUCUUCUGACGUCAUUGAUGACGUUGCUGGUGGUGACGUCACUCUUACCAUCUACACUGGGCUGCAAAGACACUUCCAUCUGCCGAUUCUCGUGCUGCACUGCUGUGCCCAACUGUGACGAGGCUAAGCAGAUUGACUGCGUCUGCCCGGUACUAGAUGAGAUGAUACUGACGCCCGACUCCAUCCCGGCCGGCACCACUUCUCUAAGCAUCUCCAAAGUGUCCAACUUGACCAUCGGAGGACACUCUUUCCAUCGUCUGAACUCACUGAUACACUUCACCGUGAGCGACAUUGGAGCUGUUAUCAUCGGAAGAAAAGGGAUGAGUCUGCAUCCCAAAAAUGUGCUUCGCAUUUUCAUCGCCAGAAGGGUUGAGUCAUUGAACGUUGACGAGCAUGGUUUGACAGGCAAAUGGCAAACCGAGCCUGAACAGACGACGAUCAUAUUCGAGGAAAUCAAAGAGCUCAACAUCGCUUCCAGAGGACUCAGCUAUGCGACUUCGGAGUCGGACGAAGGGCUCACUGUCAGGAUCAGUAACAUCGCAACCCUCUCGCUGGCCUCAAAGGCGUUUGACGCCCGCAUCAGAGAUCUCCUUCUAGAAAACGUUAGCAUGCCACAAUGUCACAUGGGAACUUUUGAAAACAAAAUCCACUCACUGGAGUUGAAUAAGGUCACAAUACUGGAUGUCAAAACGCGAUGUUUCAAUAGCGUUGGGGAGCACGGCAACGGCCUAGAUUGUGGAGUCCACAUCACAAACAGCACGCUGGGAACUGUGAAGUCGCAGGCGUUCUCCGGAAAUAUCACAAACAUCAAACUAGAUCAAAAAACCCUGGUUGGAAAAGUGAAUAAGCAUGGUUUUCAGGUGCAGGCCAAGGACUUCAUCGUCAAAAAUUCCAAGAUCGACACCCUAAGCUCCAAAAGUCUUUCGGUCACUUGCAAGAAAACUUUUGCAAUCAAGGAUGUAAGCAUCGGACGUCUUCGCACUGACGCAUUCAAAGACGUACGGGCGGUGCGGCAGAGUGUCCCUACAGUAAGCCUGGAGUCCCUAGAAGUUGGUGUCGCCGAGCCCGGAUCGCUGUCUUUCCAACGCUGCCUCUGCGUGGAUGCCUCUAAGCUUCACAUCCAGCUGUCUGACGAAGAGAAAUGCCCGACAGAGCAGUGGGCCCGCAGGAUUCUGGGAGUUACGGAUCAGCAGGCGCUAUACUGGGAGAUUCGUCAACUGUACCAAAGUCUGCGUGAAAGCAGCAGCGGCUGUGAUAAGAACGGGGAACCUCAAUUGACAACGGCAGUCGAAGACGAGUCGUGCCCGUACCCAGACGACGCAGAAGAGGUAGUGGAGAGCGGCGUGAGCGGUGAAGAAACCAGCGAAGGUGUCAUCUCUGACGAAAAACGUCCCAGUGGUCAGAAUGAGACAGGUUCGAGUGGAGGAGUGUCUGCUUGCUGGAAGUGGGCCGCCAUAGUACUGAUGGUGGUGGUGGUGGUGGCGGUGGUGGCGGUGAUGUUUGCACUGAAGAUGUGUACAUUUUAACCCGCGCCCCACUGGGGUCUGCGUAUAACACUGGGGGGGGGGGGGGGGCUAUUCAUAGCCCCCCUCCUAACUCCGAAACUACUGGGCCGAUCAUCAAAAUUCAAACGGCGUCUGAUAGCUCCGGAAAAACUGUCAAGCGAAACCUAAUUUCAUUGACCUCGAGGUCACUGAUGACGUCACAGGUCAGGUCAAAGUAAAAAUUAUUAGCAUUUUGGCUUCUUCACGUUUUGGGCUCUGGCCGCCGUCUUACAAGUCAAAUCAGGCUCAUUUUUGGUUCACACACUCGUGAACAGAUGCUCUAGAUACUCUGAGGGUACCAAACUUGUACUUUGUUUUUCAGGUCAAGGUCAGGUCAUCACAGGUCACGAAAAUAUUAUAUCAUCCGUCGGUCACG